GGCGAAUUUUAUCAAUUGCUGUGUACCCCUGUUAGUGUGUGUGUCGGUUUAAUAUCAUUUAAAUAUGCUGGGAAGUGCCUUAUUAUCCCUGGUGGGAGUCAUCGCCAUAGUAUCAGCUGCCAUCAACGAAAUCAGACCAAGACAGACAAAACCCGGCAGAUUCCUGUCGCUGCCUGUACCACAGAAAUGUAGCCAGAGACCAAAAGAGUUCUUCUACAAUGGACACAACUACUUCUUUAGUGGGCAUCUGCCGCAGUAUCGCAACACCAAGGUGGACUGGUUAGACGCCCGUAAUAUCUGUAGAGAAUACUGCAUGGACCUCGUCUCCAUGGAGAACCAAGAAGAGAACAAUCUUGUGUUCCGACUGAUACAGCAGAACGACGUGCCCUACAUCUGGACGAGCGGACGUCUAUGUGACUUCAAGGGUUGCGAGGGUCGGAAAGACUUGGAGCCCAAGAACAUCAACGGUUGGUUCUGGUCAGCCACCAGGGUGCGCAUGGCCCCCACCACCCAGAUACCUCCCGGCUGGGGCUACAACGCGUGGAGUUCUACCGGACACAAGAAGACGAGGCAACCCGACAACGCUGAGUUCGACAUCAACGGAACCAACGAAUCUUGUCUGUCCGUGCUCAACAACGUUUACAACGACGGGAUCGCAUGGCACGAUGUUGCUUGCUACCACGAGAAGCCAUUCAUCUGUGAGGACAGCGAGGAGCUGCUGAACUAUGUCGCCAGCACCAACCGCGGUAUCCGACUUUAAAUCAACCAAAGUGUUUCCCUCUUCCUUCUGAAAAUUGUCUUGUAAAAUUAUCCAAUUGAAAUUACUGUCCGUAAUAAUUUAUACCCAUUGUUCAACUAUUUAUCGAUCUUCAUCCUCAUUUUGUACAGAAAAUGACCCUGGUGUUCAUGUGAAAAGUGAUAAUUGUAAUAAACUAUUUUUUAGGUA